CUCGCGCAGCCCGCUUUGGCCGCAUUCAUGCAGCCAGGCUCUGCCAGUGCAUCCUGAAGAUCGCAUACACCCACUGAUCAAGAUCAGCUGCAGUGCCGCAUCGAUUGCAUCGAUUAGUGCACCUGCUUGCCUGUACCCACUGAGUCCGCGUGCCGCCGCGCGCAGCAGUGCGAUUCAUGGAGCGAGGCAGCAGCCGAGGACGCAGCAGAGGCAGAGGCCCACGAGGCCGCAGCAGAGGCAGAGGCAGAAGCAGAGGCCGAGGCCGAGGCCGUGGCCGCGAGUCCGACAUACGUGCAGCCCUCACCGCCUUCGCACAGCGGCUCCCGCCGCCGCCCGGGCCGAGCCUGCUGGAGCGCGUCGACGACGACACCGCAAGAUUUCCCACGUCGCUCUCGGCGCGGGACCGCAGCGCGGCGCACGGCGCCUGUGGAGACCUAGGCCUGCACCACUGGAGCGAGGACGUGCGCGACGGCGGCCGGCGGUGCGUCGCGUCGCGACAACGGCGGCCGGACCCGCACGGUUCGCGGGCCGCGAGCGAGGUAGCAGCGCUGGCGUCAUCGCGCCUCACGCGGCCGCAAGCCGCGUGGCCGGCGCCGCGGAACGAUCUGAGGCGCGUCGCCGACGACGCGUGGGAGCGAUUCGACGGGAGCACGUGGGCGCCGUGCGCCCGGACCGGCGCCUUCGAGCACGCGGCCGCGAACACGGCGCUCGUCGCGGCCGGGCCGCCGCGCCCCGCGCCGGUGGUGCGACCACCCCAGGUCCCGGUCGAGGUCGUCGAUUCGCCGGACGCGCUCCGGGCCAUGGCCGCGGAGCUCGCCCGGUCGAAAACGCCGAUCGCCAUCGACGUGGAAGCCCACGCGGAGUUUUCGUUCGAGGGCUUCGCGUGCCUGCUGCAGGUCUCGACGCACAGCAAAGACUACGUCGUCGACUGCCUCAAAUUGAGAGAAGAGGUCGGGCCGGCGCUGCGCGCGGUAUUUGCCGACCCGGCGGUCCGGAAGGUCUUCCACUCGUGCGAGGGCGUGGACAUCCCGCGCCUGGACCGCGACUUCGGGAUCCGCGUGGUGAAUUGCGCGGACACGCAGAUCGCCGCCGCGGCGCUGGAGCUGCCCCUCGGCCUCGUCGACCUCCUGGGGGCCUGCGGCGUCGUGGACGGCGCCUGGGCCGCGCGCGCGGCGAUUCUCAAAAAGCGGUUCCAGAACUGCGACUGGCGGAGGCGUCCGCUCUCGUCGGACCAGGUUGACUAUGCGCGCGGCGACGCGACGCAUCUGCUCGCGCUGGACGCGGCGCUGUGGACUCGGUUAGCGGACUCGGGGCUCGAGCGGGCCGCGUUCGCCGACUCGCAGGCGGCCCCUCAGCGCGCUCUGUGGCGGCCGCCGCGCGCCUCGUUCCUCGCGGCCGAGCGGGACAAGCGCCUCCCGCGCGACGACACGCAAGCAAGACGCUUCGUCGAUUUGUACGCCUGGCGCGACGCCGCCGCGCGCCGCGUCGACGAGUCGCCGCACGCGGUCUGCCCCGCGGCGGCGCUCGUCGAGUUUGCAAAGCGCGCACCGCGUGACGCGGACGCCCUCGGGAUCGCCUUCGAGCCGCUGCCCCCGUACGUUGCCUGCGACGCCUUCGGCCUGCGCAGCGACCUGCUCGCGCGUAUUGGGUUGUGGAGUUAGAUUGUUGUUUAACACA